UGCCAAGAUUAAAUAGGAAAAGAAUCGCAUCUUAGAGCACCAUUAAAUGAAAGUUGUCUUUUCAAGUUUGAUUACGCAGCAUGCUCUUUGUGUGUAAGGUUGUGUUUGGUGGACCUCUCUGACACACAGAGAGAAUAGAGAAUGGCUGGUGGAGGAGUAGAAAGUGGAGUGCCAGGGAAAAGGGCUCAUCUUUACGAGCACAAGUUCAAUGGCUAUUUCUUAUACACAUGCUUGGUUGGUGCCCUUGGUGGUUCUCUCUUUGGCUAUGAUCUUGGUGUUUCAGGUGGGGUGACUUCAAUGGAUGAUUUCCUGAAGGAAUUCUUCCCAAAUGUGUACAGAAGGAAGCAGAUGCAUCUGCAUGAAACAGACUAUUGUAAAUAUGACGACCAAGUGCUGACACUGUUUACAUCAUCUCUUUAUUUCUCAGCACUGGUCAUGACAUUCUUUGCUUCCUUUUUGACAAGAAAGAAGGGAAGAAAGGCCAGUAUCAUUGUGGGAGCCCUUAGCUUCCUGGCUGGGGCAAUCCUCAAUGCUGCAGCCAAGAACAUUGCAAUGCUAAUUAUUGGCAGAGUCCUUCUUGGUGGAGGCAUUGGAUUUGGCAACCAAGCUGUUCCAUUGUAUCUUUCAGAAAUGGCUCCAGCUAAGAACCGAGGAGCAGUGAACCAACUGUUUCAGUUCACAACUUGUGCUGGAAUCUUAAUUGCAAACCUAGUGAAUUACGCUACUGCAAAACUCCAUCCCUAUGGAUGGAGGAUAUCUCUGGGUUUGGCAGGUUUUCCAGCAUUUGCAAUGCUUGUUGGAGGUAUUUUGUGUGCUGAGACACCAAACAGCCUUGUGGAGCAAGGAAGGUUGGAUAAAGCAAAAGAAGUAUUGCAGAGAAUUAGAGGUACCGAGAACGUCGAAGCUGAAUUUGAGGAUCUUAAAGAAGCCAGUGAAGAAGCACAAGCCGUGAAGAGCCCAUUUAGGACACUCCUCAAGAGGAAGUACAGGCCACAACUGAUCAUAGGUGCCUUGGGGAUUCCAGCAUUCCAGCAACUGACUGGAAAUAACUCCAUCCUCUUCUAUGCCCCAGUCAUUUUCCAGAGCUUGGGGUUUGGUGCCAAUGCUUCACUGUUUUCAUCUUUUAUCACCAAUGGGGCUCUUCUUGUUGCCACUGUCAUCUCAAUGUUUUUGGUUGACAAGUUUGGUAGAAGAAAAUUCUUUCUGGAAGCUGGAUUUGAAAUGAUCUGCUGCAUGAUUAUUACAGGUGCAGUUUUGGCAGUGGACUUUGGACACGGCAAAGAACUUGGGAGAGGAGUGAGUGCCAUUCUGGUUGUUGUGAUCUUCUUGUUCGUUUUGGCAUACGGGAGAUCUUGGGGUCCCCUUGGGUGGUUGGUUCCCAGUGAGCUCUUCCCAUUAGAGAUAAGGUCAGCUGCACAGAGCAUUGUGGUGUGUGUCAACAUGAUCUUCACUGCACUUGUUGCUCAAUUGUUCCUCAUGUCACUUUGCCACCUCAAAUUUGGGAUCUUUUUGCUCUUUGCUGGCUUAAUUUUCUUCAUGAGUUGCUUUAUCUUCUUCCUUUUGCCCGAAACCAAGAAAGUUCCAAUUGAGGAGAUUUAUCUUCUUUUUGAGAAUCAUUGGUUCUGGAGGAGAUUUGUAACUGACCAAGACCCAGAGACAUCAAAGGAGACUGUUUAAAAUUCUCAACAAAAUAGAUUGAACAAUUCUAGUUUUUUUUUUCUUUAUUCAUUUUGGAGUCAAUUAUUUCUUACUUGCAUUGUCCAAAAAUAAAUCUAUUAGGAUAUUUCUUUUAAA